UGCGUUGCCAUUACCUGACCCUACCAGUACAUACAAACCUCCUCGGACCUUGACAUUCCCAUUUCUCACCUACGCAAAGGAACUUCAGGCCCAGAACCGGGGCGACACGGCCAUAUCCCUCGAGUUUCUCUUUUAUUCUUGAACCCAUUCCAACACUAGUCCACUUGACUCUCUUUGGAUUCCCCGCAAUUACAUAAUUACAUACCCGGUUCCAUGUAGCAGCCGCCCACGAUGCGACCGCUCACUGGCGACGACGCUUCAGCGCGUUCCCGCACCUCCGACCGCACCUCCGACCCCGAUCCGCUCUCGACCUUCCGCCUCCCGGCCGCGCCCCAGAUGACCUUCACUCUGGGCGACGAGUCCACCAUUGGCCCAUCGUCCCAAGGCCCGACUAUUCCUUCCCGGCGCGCAAAGGAACACGGGGCCGUCCCGCAUACCGAGCAGCACCCCGAGCACCCCGAGCACUCCAAGCCCCGAAUCCCGUCGCAUCUCGACUUUGAAAGGACCAAGGAGCCCGCCACAACAACGCGACCCCCCGGCUCCAAAGGGGGCACCAUCGACACCCUCCGACAAGAGGGCUACGACCUCUCGCAGCCCGUCUCGCCUCUCCCCCGCUCCACCGACACUCCAAACCUCUCCCGGCCGCUCACCCCCGUCUUCUUGACUACCUCCGGCCCGGCCUCGGCCCUCAGCAGCGUCUCUUCGCGGCGCAACUCUCUCUGUUUAUCGGAGGAUCUCCCGAGCUGCCCGCCGAGCAUGAGAGACGGCGACGUCGCGGUCGAAGACGACGACGACGACAACGACGACGACAACAACAACAACAACAACAACAACAACAACAACAACAACAACAACAACAACAACAACAACAACAACGGAAACGGCGAUCAGGAGGGCAUGAAUGCAGAGAAACAGCAGCAGCAACAACAUGGCGGCGGUAGCGCUGACGAGGGAGACAUCAGCAAUAUCCAGGGUAAUGACGACGACGCCGGCGGCGGCGGCGACACGAGCUGCGAGAUCUCGCCGUCCAUGGUGGACAGCGGCAGCGCCCCGCAGCUGAUCAUGCCCAGCAUCAAAAUGCCCAGCCGCCGGCCCUUCACCGACGAUGGCAAGCGCAUGGGCCGCCUCAAGGUGCUGAUCGCCGGCGACAGCGGCGUGGGCAAGACGUCGCUGAUCAAGGCGAUCGUGCAGUCGUGCGACCACAUCGUGCACGUCGACCCCAUCAACCCUUCGCCCUCGUCAUCGUCGGUGGUUAUGGGCAGGUCCGGCCUGACGGGCGCCGCCGGGGGAGUCGGGAGCGCGAGACAGAAGGCCGGCAGCAGGCGGCAGUCUGCGAGGGAGAGUGCGCAGGGAACGACCCAGAUCACCGAGAUCUACGCGAGCACGAAGCCGUACCCGGAGUGGUGGUCCGAGGUGGACGAUCUCAGGGUGCUGCGGCGGAGGAAGAGCCUGGGAGACUCGGUGCUGGAUCGGAAUAUCUGCUUUGUCGACACGCCGGGAUACGGGAGCGGCUCAUCUUCAAUGGACACGAUAACACCCGUAUCGCAAUAUAUCGAAGCUCAUCUGCAGCGGAUAAGCUCGAACUCGCUGAGCGAUGGGGACCUGUUGAACCUACUGGGUGGAGAAGGCGGUGUCCAGGUUGACGCCGUGUUCUACUUGGUUUCAAACCGUAAGAUGCUCGCAUAUCCUUGUUGAAGAAGAGGGGGUUG